UGUCAAGUUUGACAAUCAAAGUGCUUUUUUCCGGAUAGUAAAUUUUGUCGUGUUUUUUGAUCGGUUUUUCGUCAUGAUUAGCUUUGCAAACUUGUUCAUUUAUUUCGUUGAUGCAUAAGUCGUAUUUGUAAUUAAUUAUAUGUUUCAGUAUUGAUGAAUACUGGUUGAAUUUUGGCGUGUCGUAGGAUACAUAAUCCUACGCAAUUGUGUUAGGUUAUGUUAUGUUCACGGUGUAUUUAGGGUGAGAAGUAAUUGACAUCAUGGAUCCAAACAUCUAUGCAUUAGUGCUGGACACACUAAACCGUGCAACUAGCCAGGACACUGAAGUCUUGAAACCAGCUGAGAAGAAACUUCAAGAAUGGGAGAUAGAACCUGGUUUCUAUUCUGUGUUAUUGGAUGUACUUUCCAACCAUUCCAUUGAUAUCAAUGUCCGAUGGCUGGCUGUGAUGUGCUUCAAGAAUGGAGUUGACAGAUAUUGGAGACGGAAUGCACCCAAUGCCAUCGCCGACGAUGAAAAACAUAAAUUGAGGCAAGGUUUGCUAACAACGAGUAUAUUGAAUGAACCAGUCGCUCAAAUUGCGAUGCAACAGGCUGUUCUAAUUUCAAAAAUUGCUAGGUUCGACUGUCCAACAAAUUGGCCUAGUUUGGUUCCAGAAUUAGUAGGUGCAUUGAAGGCACCCCAGCCUUUAGUUCAGCAUAGAUCACUAUUAAUAUUUCAUCACGUCGUCAAAGCGUUGGCCUCUAAAAGACUUAUUGGUGAUCGGCGGACAUUUCAGGAGUUAACCAAUUCAGUAUACGCUUUCAUUCUCAACCUUUGGCACGAGAAUACCGAGUUAUUCCUUCGGCACAUUCAAGAAGGCGCAGCUACAGAAUUGAUCACUGAACAUUUGGAAAAGGCUCUUCUUUGUUUGAGGAUACUGAGGAAACUUACCGUCUUUGGUUUCAAGAAAGCACAUGAGAGUCAAGACGCUAUUGCGUUUCUGAAUGUUGUGUUUGAUAGAGCUAAAACUAGCUUAGAGUGCAGAAAGCUUCUUAAGGGUCGAGGUAUUCAUCCACUGGAGCUGUGUGAGAAGUUCAUAAUACAUCUGACGAAAGUGGCCCUCGGUGUGCUAUGUUUUCAUCCAUUCUCGUACGUGCCUCUCAUUCGACCGUCUUUAGAGUUCGCAUUGUAUUACUGCUUCACGGAACAAGGCAUGUCUCUUAUUUACGGGAGGUUUACUAUACAAUGUUUGAAUAUUGUGAAGGGAAUAUUGCAGUGUGUCGAAUAUAAGUUGCCAAAGGGAAUGGAUCAGAUCAAGGAGCCAUUGACAUUACAAGCUCACCAAGUGAAAUCGGAGGUAUUAGAUCCUAAUACAGUGUGCCACAUGUGUCGACACCUGGUCACGCAUUACUUCCUACUCAGCUCUGAUGAUCUGGCGUUGUGGGAUGCAGAACCGGAGAGCUUCGCCACCGAUGAAGCCGGAGAGUCCUGGAAGUAUAGUUUGAGGCCAUGUACAGAGGCCUUGUUUAUGGAGUUAUUCCAAUUUCGCAACGUCCUGGCACCCGAGCUGGUGCGGCUACUUGCAUCGUUGCAGCAGCGACAAAUAUCGCCCGACGAUCUCCCCGCCAUACUUAAGAAGGACGCGAUAUACAAUGCAGUGAGGUUGGCGGCUUUCGACUUGUAUGACGACGUUGAUUUUGACGAAUGGUUUACAAAUGUAUUAAGUCAAGAGUUGAAAAUCAAAGAUAAUAAUUAUAGGAUUAUUAGAAGAAGAGUAUGUCAAUUGAUUGGCCAAUGGUGUGGCGUUCGUGCAUCCCAAUCGCUACGGCCGGCAAUGUACGAAGCUCUACUCGAACCGCUUUCCCGAGCGGACGAAGAUGCAGCGGUGAAGCUUGCAGCCGCUGAAGCGCUGAGAAGUACUAUAGACGAUUUCAACUUCGACGUUGAUCAAUUUGCGCCGUACGCACCGCAUGCGAUUGCAGCACUUUAUGAAUUAUUGGUGGAAUCCGAGGAGUGCGAUACGAAGAUGCAUGUGUUGCACGUAGUGUCGUACGUGAUGGAGCGCUGUGGCGCUAGUGUAGCCCGCGGCGGAGGCACCGGCGCGCUGUUCUCGUAUCUGCCGCAACUGUGGAACCACGCCGCCUCGCACAAUAUGCUGAGGGCUGCUGCAUUGUCUGCUGUGGUACAUCUACUUAAGGCUCUUGGUGAAUGCACACCAAACAUUCGACCGUGGAUACUGAGCGUAGUGAACGAGUCAACUAGAUUAACAGAGCCGGCGCAUGUUUACCUUCUAGAAGAUGCUUUAGAGCUUUGGCUGGCUAUAUUGGAAACCUCGCACGCUGCUGAUCCAGCGACGCUGCAACUUGCCGAAAACUUGUACCCUAUAUUAGAACAAUCAACCGAACACCUCCGGAUAGUGGUUUAUAUAAUGCAAGCAUACACUCUGCUAUGCCCAGAAGAGUUUCUCUCGGGCGUUGGCGGGAAGUGUAUGGCUCUUUUGGAAGACAUGCUGAGUGAUAUGCGGACUGAGGGAGUGAUUACCGUAUUAAAGAUGGCGGAGAUCUGUAUUAGUGUAUCGUUUCCAGAGAGGAACACGUUUUUGGGCGUUAAAGUUAUAUGGCCUAUUCUAAUUAGGGUUAUUCACUGUCUUCUAGAAGGAGAUGACCUUCCAAUGGUACUCUCUGUACAACUCUGCCUCGUCUCUCGCGUGAUUUUGCUAUCAUCGGAUCUAUUUUAUAAAGCGAUACAGGAAGCUUCCAAUGGGCUGGUCGAGUAUGAUUCAGAUCCAGUUAAAGUGUUAAACCGGUUUCUUCAUGUUUGGACUGAGAAGAUGAAUCUAGUCACGCAGGUGGAGAGGUGGAAGGUAGUUGGGUUGGGAUUGGCAGCGCUGCUCACAACACAGAAUGCGACCGUGUUAGAGCGGUUCCCCGCUAUAUUGCUGAAUCUCACUGAGGUGUUGAAUGACGUCAUGAAGACGGAGGACAAUGGCACCUACGUAGACGGGCUGGUGGCGCCGCCGGGGUCGCGGCCCGCGUCGCCGCUGGAGGGCCGCGGCGGCGCGGCGCGCUGGGGCGAGGCGGCGGCGGGCGACUCGCCGCACGAGCUGCGCCGCCGCCGCCUCGCCGCCGCGCACCCCGCGCACGCCAUCGACCUGCGCGCCGUCACGCUGCACCAGUUGGAAACACUGAAGAACCAAGUGGGAGCCGAGACGUUCGAGCGUUUAAUACAAGCCACCGAUCACGAAACUCUACAACAAAUCAGAGAGUACAUACCGCUUUGAAUUUAGUUGUCUCCUUAAACACUCAUACAUACAUUUACUUACAAUAAAGUCUAACCCACUUAUUCAUAAAAACGCCAAACGUCUAAUAAACUUUAGAUAUUGCAUUGUUUUGUCUCUCUCUUUCAUGCUAAUUUGUCAAUUUGAAAGACAGUGACAUAACAGUAAUAGUAAGGAGGUUUUAAUUUUUAUGAAUAAGAAGCAAGAAGUUAUAAUUUAAUUCUGCGCCAGUUGUGCUACUAAAGCAAAUUAUUAUAGUAUUUUUACCAUCAAAUAAGGCCUAACACAAACCUAAGGUAAUGUGUCAAAUUAUGUAUGAAUUAACGGUAGUUCUAGAUUCUCAAAUUGUAUAAUAUUGAAAUUUAUUUAAAGGCUCGUAUCAUACAAGUUUUACAAUAGUUGAUAUAAAGGCAGUGCGUUAUUGUAAAAUACAUAAUUAUGCGUUUUAGUACAUUUUGCAUUAGGACAUAUUCUUAUGCAUUUCCUAACAUUCUAAGUUGGUCUCUCAUAUAGAGGAUAGUGGAUGAUAAUUGUGACAGAAACCUCGUGGUAAAUAUUCGUACGUUAAUAUUAAUAAGUUCCUAAUGUGGACGACAUUAUCCCCCCCCCCCCCCCUU